AUGGCUAUGACUGGGACAGUGAUUUGUGGAGAUGAGAUGGUCACUGGCCCGGCUGAACCGUUCUUUGUGGCCAAGCACGAGGACAGCUUGUUCAAGGAUCUGUUUCAGGACUACGAGAGGUGGGUCCGCCCCGUGGAGCGCCUGGACGACAAGAUCGGAAUAAAGUUCGGCCUCGCCAUAUCUCAGCUGGUGGACGUGGACGAGAAGAACCAGCUCAUGACCACGAAUGUCUGGUUGAAGCAGGAGUGGAGAGACGUGAAGCUCCGGUGGAACCCCGAGGACUACGGGGGGAUCCGAGCCAUCCGGGUCCCGUCAGACGCUCUCUGGACCCCAGACAUCGUCCUGUUUGACAA